CGGGAACCCGCAUCGCUCUAAACUCGCAUAUUGGUGAGAAAACGGACUGAAGUAUGACCGAAGAGGCAACUUUUAAAAGGGAAGUCCUGCUGUGGUCUGAGUGUCCUUUCUUCUACCCUCAUCUACUGGGGCAACAGCAUCAGAGCCAGGGAUCUAAAAAGACUCAACAACCUGAUAAAAAAAGGAAGUUCCAGACACAUCAGAGGAUCUUUACAGUCACUUCAGCAGAGAGCUGAUCCAGAGUAAGUAGAGAUGGAAGAAAAAGGUGGCGAACAGCAGCUGAAACACAAGACCAGAGACCUGUCCAGGCAGAUCGAUGAAGUGAAGGAGACCAUGAAGAAAAAUUUGGAAGAGCUCCUCCGCCGAGAAGAAAAUCCGGAAAAACUCAUGGAAGUGUUAGAGUAUCUGAAAAACAGGGAGAUGGAAGAAAAAGGUGGCGAACAGCAGCUGAAACACAAGACCAGAGACCUGUCCAGGCAGAUCGAUGAAGUGAAGGAGAUCAUGAAGAAAAAUUUGGAAGAGAUCCUCCGCCGAGAAGAAAAUCUGGAAAAACUCAUGAAAGUGUCAGAGUAUCUGGAAAACAGGGCUUAUAAUUUCCGCCGUACAACUAAGAAAGUGUCUCGCUCCUACUGGUGGAAGAACGUCAAGCUGAUGGUAGCCGUGGCCGUGAUCGUCCUCAUCAUCGUCGUCGUUAUCGUCCUGCUGGCCGUCAGGGUCAUUCCCACCAGCCCGCCUGUGGCUCCUGCAGCCACGCCCACCUCCAAGCCCUGAACACACAUCAACACAAACAUUGAUUAUUGAUUAUGGACGCAUUAUACAGCGUUUCACAACAAACUAAAAUAGAAUUGACAAAUUAGUUGAUAGUAUAAAUUAUUGUAUUGUAGUCAUGUUGCUAUUCAGUCAAUUUAAAGCAGCCAUUUCACUACACAAUCAAGAAACUGUUAUGUUCAGUUGUUCAGAAAACCCUGCAUAGAGGAGGCGAUCAGAUCAAUUUGAAAUAUCCAUAAUCCUGAUACUAAGUCGGUAUCAGUAUCGGCU